UUUAAAAAGUAGAAAAAAGAAAAUAAAAAUCACGCGCUGCAGUGGCGUUGGUAAGAUAGAAGUGGGGGUGAGGAAACCCUAAAUCAGGAGAAAGAAAAAGAGUUCACUCGCCAUAGACCAUCGCGUGAAUUCGCAGUUGCAGAAUCGCAGAUCCGAAAGUGUGUGUGUGCGUGCACAAAGGAAAAAAAAAAAAUUCAGGUGGGUUAUACCAUUAUAUACCCUUUAUAUUUCUAUUAAAUUUGGAGGAGACUUUUAAUAUACAACUGAUUCAAAUCCCUGAUGGAUUGGAGGUGGUCAGGAUUCUUCAUCUUCAGGUAUCACUAAAAGAGAAAUCAAUAGGCUUUCAAUUGUUUAGGAGCAUGGAUAUAGAUCUUCGGCUACCUUCUCAAGACCAUGAUAAGGAAGAAGAAGAAGAACAAAAUGGAAUUAUAAACAUGCUUGACAAUGAGGAAAAAAUGCACAGUGAUGACGGAAUGCAUGGGAUGUUGGUUAUUGAAGAGAAGAUGCAUGCAGAAGAUGGAGGAGAUAUGAACACUCCCAUAGGAACUAUGAUAGAGUUUAAGGAGGAUGUGAACCUUGAACCUCUGGCUGGCAUGGAGUUUGAGUCACAUGGUGAGGCUUAUGCCUUUUAUCAAGAGUAUGCUCGGUCGAUGGGAUUCAAUACAGCCAUACAAAACAGCCGUCGCUCAAAGACAUCAAGGGAAUUUAUUGAUGCAAAAUUUGCAUGUUCUAGAUAUGGAACUAAACGGGACUAUGAGAAGUCUGCAAAUCGGCCCCGUAGUAGACAAGGAAACAAGCAGGAUCCAGAAAAUGCUACUGGUCGGCGAGCAUGUGCAAAGACAGAUUGCAAAGCAAGUAUGCAUGUGAAAAGAAGGCCUGAUGGGAAAUGGAUAAUUCAUAGAUUCGAGAAAGAACAUAAUCAUGAACUUCUACCUGCCCAAGCUGUCAGUGAACAAACAAGAAGGAUGUAUGCCGCAAUGGCAAGGCAAUUUGCUGAAUACAAAAAUGUUGUUGGUCUGAAAAGUGACACAAAAGGUCCAUUUGAAAAAGGUCGAAAUUCAGCAAUGGAAGGAGGAGACAUAAAUGUUCUGUUAGAGUUCUUCAUUCAGAUGCAAAAUCUUAAUUCCAACUUCUUUUAUGCUGUUGAUGUGGGUGAAGAUCAACGUGUGAGGAACUUGUUUUGGGUUGAUGCCAAAGCUAGGCAUGACUAUGCAAAUUUCAAUGAUGUCGUCUCUUUUGAUACUGCAUAUGUCAGAAACAAAUAUAAAAUGCCCUUGGCUCUUUUUGUUGGGGUCAAUCAGCAUUUUCAGUUCAUGCUACUUGGAUGUGCUUUGGUCUCUGAUGAGAGUGCAGCAACAUUUUUUUGGGUUAUGCGGACAUGGUUGAAGGCAAUGGGCGGUCAAGCUCCCAAGACAGUGAUCACCGAUCAUGACCAGGUAUUGAAGUCAGUCAUUCCAGAGGCUUUGCCAUUAUCCCUCCAUUAUUUCUGUUUGUGGCACAUCUUGGGAAAGGUGUCUGAUACACUGAAUCAUAUCAUUAAACAGAACGAAAAGUUUAUGCCAAAGUUCGAGAAAUGUAUUCACAGGUCAUGGACAGAUGAGGAGUUUGAAAAGAGGUGGAGAAAGCUAGUUGAUAAAUUUGAUCUUAGAGAAGCUGAAUUGAUUCAUUCGCUCUAUGAAGAUCGUAUGAAAUGGGCCCCUACAUUUAUAAGGGAUGUACUUUUAGCAGGAAUGUCGAUGGUCCUACGAUCAGAGAGUGUGAACUCUUUCUUUGACAAAUAUGUACAUAAGAAAACCACCGUGCAGGAGCUUGUAAAGCAAUAUGAAUCAAUAUUACAAGAUAGAUAUGAGGAGGAGGCAAAGGCAGAUUCUGAUACAUGGAAUAAACAACCUGCUUUGAAAUCCCCAUCACCAUUUGAGAAGCAGGUGGCAGGGCUUUAUACAAAUGCUGUAUUUAAGAAAUUCCAGGCUGAAGUUUUGGGUGCAGUUGCUUGUAUUCCUAAAAGAGAGAAGCAAGAUGCAACAACCAUAACAUAUAGAGUUCAAGAUUUUGAGAAGACUCAAGAGUUCAUUGUUACACUGGAUGAAAUGAAGUCAGAAAUCUCUUGUUUAUGUCAUUUGUUUGAAUUUAAAGGCUACCUUUGUAGACAUACAUUGAUAGUUCUCCAAAUAUGUCGUGUUUCCUCUAUCCCAUCACAAUAUAUUUUGAAGCGGUGGACAAAAGAUGCCAAGAGCAAGUACUCUAUGACAGAUGGAUCUGAAGAGCUGCAGUCAAGGUUCCAGAGAUAUAAUGAGCUAUGUCAUCGGGCGAUGAAAUUGAGUGAAGAAGGGUCAUUAUCUCAAGAGAGCUAUAGUUUUGCUCUUCGUGCACUUGAUGACGCUUUUGGGAGUUGUGUAACUUUUAAUAACUCAAAUAAGAACAUGUUAGAAGCUGGCACAUCAUCAGCCUCUGGUAUUCUGUGUAUUGAAGAUGAUAACCAAAGUAGGAAUAUGAGCAAGACAAACAAGAAGAAAAAUAACUUCACUAAGAAACGGAAGGUGAACUCAGAACCAGAUGUUAUGGCUGUUGGACCAGCAGACAGCUUGCAACAAAUGGACAAAUUGAACUCGAGACCUGUGACUCUUGAUGGUUAUUUUGGCCCGCAACAAAGUGUUCAAGGAAUGGUACAGUUAAACUUGAUGGCACCAACCCGUGAUAAUUACUAUGGAAACCAACAGACUAUUCAGGGCCUUGGACAGUUAAACUCUAUAGCUCCUACACAUGAUGGCUAUUAUGGUGCUCAGCCAACAAUGCAUGGGCUGGGGCAAAUGGACUUUUUCCGCACUCCAGGUUUCUCAUAUGGUAUUCGGGAUGAACCCAAUGUAAGAUCUGCUCAACUGCACGACGAAACAUCUAGACAUCCUUGAGGAGACCUUGACUCAUAAAUUAGGAAGAGUUGGUACAUUUCAACUUCCGUUACUGGCAGUUGAUGGAAGUACAACCAACGGGAAGAAUCUUGUAGUAUUUGUUUGUAAAAUAAAAGGGAAAUCUUCAAUGUAGCAGUGCUUAUUAUUAUUUUUACCUUUGUUCGUUGCUAAAUGAGCUCUUUAAUCCUUCACUUCAAUUUGAUAUUAGAGCUGGAAGAGGAAAUACAGCUCUUAAGUUAAUUUCACCUGUAAAGGCUGUUGUGGGAUGUAUUAGUUGCAGCAAGUUAAGAUGAUUGAGGUGAAAAUGUAUGUAUACCUUUCUUCAAGUUAAGCAAUUGAGUUAUAAAUGUAGGCAGUGGUGCCUUCUUUUUCUUCC